GGGGCCGCGCCGGGGCCGGGGGGCAGCGCCGGGGCCGCCGCCGAGCGGGGUGAAUUAGACAAAGUGACUCCCAGAGCAUCUUGGCUGUAUGAACUCUUGAGCUGUCAAGGGACUGAGAGGCUUAUGAAGAGGUUCUGUCAGGCAAAACAGUGCUUAGCAAAGACACCGAGGAGGAGGGAAAAGGAGAAAGGGAGGGAGAGAGAGCUGAAACACUAACAAACCAUGAGAUCGAUCCGAUCGUUUGCUAACGAUGACCGCCACGUAAUGGUGAAACACUCAACCAUUUAUCCAUCUCCAGAGGAACUUGAAGCUGUCCAGAACAUGGUAUCAACAGUAGAAUGUGCCCUUAAGCAUGUCUCUGACUGGAUGGAUGAAAAGAACAAGUCUACCAAGUGUGAGGGUGAUGUGGAAGCCAAGGAGGAAGCUGUGGAAGGCAAUGCCAAGGAUCAAGGCGGUCGGACGUUAUGUGGUGUGAUGAGAAUUGGCUUGGUUGCAAAGGGCUUGCUGAUAAAAGAUGAUAUGGAUCUGGAGCUGGUUCUUAUGUGCAAAGAAAAACCCACAAAGACCUUGUUAUGUAUCGUUAAAGACAAUCUCCCAGCUCAAAUUCAGAAACUUACAGAAGAGAAGUAUCUGGUGGAGGAGCAUGUAAAUGAGGCAGCUAUUGUUAUCCGUAACACAAAGGAGCCCAAGCUCACUUUGAAGGUGAUACUCACGUCCCCUCUCAUCCGAGAUGAAGCAGAGAAGAAGGAAGGAGUAGAUAAUGUUGCGAUGAAAGAUCCUCCGGACUUAUUGGACAGGCAGAAAUGCCUGGAGGCCUUGGCGUCUCUGCGGCACGCCAAAUGGUUUCAGGCCAGGGCAAAUGGACUAAAAUCAUGUGUAAUUGUCCUUCGUAUUCUGCGGGAUUUGUGCAACAGAGUCCCCACAUGGGCACCACUGAAAGGCUGGCCACUCGAGCUUAUAUGUGAAAAAUCUAUAGGUACUUGUAAUAGACCUUUGGGCGCUGGGGAAGCGUUGCGACGAGUCAUGGAGUGUUUGGCAUCUGGAAUUCUGCUUCCCGGAGGGCCGGGUCUGCACGACCCCUGCGAGCGCGAGCCCACGGACGCUUUGUCUGACAUGACAGUGCAGCAAAAAGAAGCCAUUACACACAGUGCCCAGCAUGCCCUCAGACUAUCAGCCUUUGGGCAGAUCUAUAAGGUGUUGGAAAUGGAUCCCCUCCCAUCCAAUAAGUCAUUUCAGAAAUAUUCCUGGUCAGUAACUGACAAAGAAGGUACAGGCUCGUCUGCUCUGAAGAGACCCUUUGAAGACAGUGUCGGGGAUGACAAGGAUCCAAAUAAAAAGAUGAAGCGUAAUCUGAGGAAAAUACUAGAUAGUAAAGCAAUAGAUCUCAUGAAUGCUCUGAUGAGGCUGAACCAAAUCAGGCCAGGGCUUCAGUAUAAGCUGCUGUCACAGUCUGGUCCAGUCCAUGCCCCAGUCUUCACAAUGUCUGUAGAUGUUGAUGGUACGACUUAUGAAGCAUCAGGACCUUCUAAGAAAACAGCCAAGCUCCAUGUGGCAGUGAAGGUUUUACAAGCCAUGGGGUAUCCCACUGGUUUUGAUGCAGAUGCGGAGUGUGUGAGUUCUGAUGAAAAAUCAGAUACUGAAGGUAAAAAUGAAACUACGUCUUCAAUCUCAAGCAAUAAUACUGGAAAUUCCACAGCGGACACCUCUGCUACCCUAGAGGUAAGAACUCAGGGUCCCAUACUCACAGCAAGUGGCAAAAACCCGGUGAUGGAGCUCAAUGAAAAGAGAAGAGGUCUCAAGUACGAGCUCAUCUCUGAGACCGGGGGGAGCCACGACAAGCGCUUUGUGAUGGAGGUAGAAGUAGAUGGGCAGAAGUUCAGAGGUGCAGGCCCAAACAAGAAGGUAGCAAAAGCAAGUGCUGCAUUAGCAGCACUUGAAAAACUGUUUUCUGGGCCUAAUGCAGCAAACAACAAGAAGAAGAAGAUUCUUCCUCAGACUAAAGGGGUUGUCAAUACAGCUGUUUCUGCAGCAGUCCAGGCUGUUCGAGGCAGAGGACGAGGUGCUUUAACACGAGGGGCAUUUGUCGGGGCAGCUGCUGCUACUGGAUACAUAACACCAGGCUAUGGAGCACCGUAUGGGUACAGCACAGCGGCGCCAGCCUACGCCAUAUGCACUUGUAUAAAAUAAGCAGAAAUGUAGUGACUGUAAGCUGAGAUCCUGAUAUAAAAGCAUAGAAAGCUGUACUGAUACUGCUCUGUCAGGCACUGCAUCCCCUGCAUCCCUGGGGAUACCUCUGGGUAGGUACCAAAGCCAGGCUCUGAAGGCCACACCUUGGUUCUGGGGAUGUGGGAUGGGUGACACUAACGAACCGAUAACGAGAGAAAUUAUUUCCCUAAACUAUUCAAGCUAAACUCCAAAUUAAGAAGGAAGGACUUUGAUGAUAUUACAGUUAAAAUCUGCAGAGAUCAAAUUACAUUAGGCCAAAUUAAUUCAGGAAGCAGCCAAGUUUGCUUCCCUCCCGCGGGUGCAGAGGAGGGGAGGAGGGCAGGCAGGCAGGGAUUUAUCUCUGCGUGAAUCAUUUGCUUAGCUGUGGUUUUCUACAGCUGGAAAUCAGGAUACAGCCAUCCAUAAAUAAUUGUUUUCAGUUCUGUAGUAAAUGUUUUAACACAUUUGACUUGGAUUAAAAUGGGUUUGGAUUAUGACCCAUUGGUGCACAUGAUGUGUAGUUUUAAAAUACUAUUUUUUUUAUUUGCCUUUUAAACCUUGCUUUAUGCAAAGUUGCAUAGUACAGAACUGCAGAAGUGCAGUACUUGCAGAACUUGAAGUUGCUGGAAACAACUCUUUUUAUAUAAAAAUGCUUAAAAAAUAAAAAAGCAAAAGGGAGCAAGUUGAUGACGAUGUAGCAGCAUUUUAGGGUCUCGAUUCAGUGAUUAAAACAUAAAAAACCCUGUGACUGAUCACAGUUUAUAACAGUAUCAAGGAGACUUGGUACAGACUAUCUGCAUCAAAAUUCAAGAGCAAAUAUAAACUGUUUGAUUUUAAUACUGAGCCAUCAGAUUCACUAAAUGACUGUGUGUGUAGGUUAUCCAUAGCUCAGGACAUGUGCACAGAAUUACAGGCUGAUAAAGAGCUGCUGCUCCUGUGGGCAGGAACCUGAGCUCGCAGGUGGCACCUGGGGAACUGAACUUGAGGAGCUGUUGCAGAGGCUGGCCCUGGCAGCACAAACCCCUUCACUGACACUUGCAGGACAGCUGAUGAGCCAUCAGAACGUCCUUCCCACUCGGGGGUGCAGGUUUCCAUCUGUUAUCUUCCAGGUACAAACUCGGGGCUGGGUCUGACACUCCCUUAAAACUGGGCUCAUUUUUCAUCCCACCCGGCCUGGCAGUGCUGAUCCCAGAGCAGCAGCUGAUCCCAGAGCAGCAGCUGCUGUGCCUCCUUCAGACAGGAGUUUAGAUGCAUUAAGGUGCAUUAUAAUGAACUUCUCCUGAGUAUUCCUUUCCUAACUGCUGUCAGCCUGACAAGCACUGUCCAGUUCAAGGACUGAUAAUAAACAUCUUGCCGACUCUCAUUUGAUCUGCUUCUUCAUGGACUGUGCUUGGCAGGUUAAUCCAUCUGUGUUUCUUUCCAUCAGAAUUGCUCUGACUGAAUUUCCCUGUUUUUCUGCCAUCAUCCUUUUAACUCUUGCAAUCCUAAGUAUUCCACUCUCCUGCUGGUUUUUUUUAAUUCUUUGUUAGAUCUUUUUUCUCUAAAUUUCUCUAAAACACUGUUGUUUGUAAUGCAGUACUUAUGUCUGAAAUGUCCCCUUGCCUGUGCUGCCUCCCUUCACAGUCAGAGAGAACCUUUUCCUGACAUGUGAAACAGGGUACUUAAGACUCCUGAAUCCUGGGUUCUGCAGCCACUUGGAAUCAGAGAUCAGACCCAAGAGUGCAGGAUUGCCUGGGAACCCCUCUCACUGAGCAAAAUAGCCCCAUGUAUUGAAGGGUCACAGAGUAGGCUUGAAAACGCCUCCUGAUGCUCUGGCAUUUGAGAGAGCAGCCAAAUUCUAUCAGUAGGUUUUAACCUAACUGAAGUAUCAGGCUAUUAUCUGAUGAGUAAUUUGGGUAACAUCUGCUUCAUCAGUGUUGCAACAAGCAUGUUUUGCCACGGCAGACCUAGAAACUCUUUUUUGCACAAUACUUGUGGGUUUCCUCUGAAAAGCCUCCUCACAGCAGCGUGGUUUGAAGUGCCUCUGCUGUGAGGUUGGAGGUCUGCAUUAGGGCUCCUUUGUACUUCUGUGUGUGCCCAGCAGCCAAACACGUGCCCCCGGUUCCAUGUGCUCUGUGCAGCUGCCAGGAUCGCUGCCCAUUCCACAGCACCUUCCCAGGGAAGCACAAAUGUUAUUUCACAGUUUGAAUUUCUGGUUCACGGAAAAGAAUUCUGAAGAAGUUCCUUUCAAUUAGUACAUCUAUAAAUAGGAGAGCAGGGAAAGUCUGUGCCUGUACACUACCCACCUCAACACUAGUUUUAGCUAACCAGAUGAUCGUGUGUAUUUUGGGAGAUGGUGUCUGGCACUUAAAGGAUUAAAAGAAGCCGGAGAUUUACAAUAAGGACCUGACCUGUUUGAUGUGUUAUCUGUAGUGGAGGUGAAUGGCACUGCUAUUGACUUUGGAGUAACAUCUGUGAGCUUUGGGGGUCUGCUUCAGUCCUACUUUACCAGCCACAGGAGAUUCCUCCAGCCACGUUCUAACUAGAGGAGGUUUUAGAGUAACCAGACUGGUUUGGAGGGCUUGGCUGGCUCAAAGCAUGGGCUGUGAUGCUUCCUGCCAUCGUGUCCUCUCUUUGCCAGUGCUUGCUGUCUUCCCUAAGCACACAUUCAGGACUUGGAACAUGGUGACCUUAUUCCUGGGCGUGGUGCCAGGUGGAUGGAGGGAGGCCAGCCCAUGCUCAUGAAGGGAAUGUGGAACACGCGGCCUCGGUUGCCCAAGCAAUUUCUGUUGGACACAGUGCCCAAUCCAACCCUCACAAAGGCAAUUUAGUGCCUGGGUAGGUGGUUCCUAAUCUGUCUAAUUUGCUGUCAUGUAGCCAGUGUGAGCUAAUUAGAUGAUUCAGCAAUUGUCAUGGCUCCCAUUUAAUGUGCUGUAAAUGCUGCUGCCACAACUUUCUCUGCUGUUAAAUACCUUUGCUUCUGUACUCUGUCCUCCUGCCCUGCCCUUCCUGAUCACCUUUUGGUAUCCCAGUAAAUAGCUGAUUCUCUCAAAUGAUGCAACUGUUACACAGAAGUGUCUAGAUUCUUAAAAACUUUUAACCAGACUAUGAAGCACUUCAAAGAAACUAGUUUUGCUACAAAUAUUUCAACUUAUUCAUGUGCCAGGGGACUAUUUCUACUCAUUUACAAAGAUCUGAAAACUAGUCCAGGAUCUCUGAUCUCUGGAGACAAGGAUUCUUUCUUUGAGAACACUUGCCUUCUAGUAGGAAAAAAAGAUUUAAAGUGUGUCAUACUCAAUAGAAGACUGUGCCCUCAAGCCCCUGAAAGAACUUAAUUGGGAAAAAGUGCACAAAUCUAAAAUUGAGGCUUUUUGCUUUCAUUGAGCUACUGAGAAUAAUUUCCCUGACAACAAGUUCCUCAGAUUAUUAGGAAGUAGAAAAUGCAGGAGGAGGUCCACGGAGAUUUUUCAGCUAGUCUAGGAAAAAAAAAUCUCCUAUUUGUUGGCUGUUCAGCUAUGGAACAUCAAACUCUUGUCAUUUCUUAAUCUCCACAACAGCAAUAAAUGUGAGCAGCUUUAACGUGCCAUCCCUGAUCCAGUCCCAGCAAUGCCCCAGGAGAGUGAGCCUGGCAGUCCCUGUCUGUUCAGUCACCAAUUCCCUGAAAUGAAGUGUCCCUUGCUUCAUUUGUAAUUCUGCAUCUGCACUUCUGAGAGCCAGUCUAGAGGUGGGAUUCCUGAACAUCUCUCCAGAUCUGUACAGAUGAAGAGCAGGCAGACAAGACAGUACUUCAGUCUUUACUCAGACAAAAUGGCAGGUUUCCCUCUCCACUUGUGCUUGGUGUGCCAAGAUAUGCUCACUCGGUAUUAGAACUUCUCGCCUUUAGCUAAAUUCUCAGUAGACAGCUGCCUGUUACUUAAUCAAGGGAAAACUAUGUCCCAGCUUCCCUGAGUUCCAAGUCACAGAAGCAGCUUACAAAAACAGCUCCUAUUUCCGGUGGCUCUGGGAACAGCACAAGAACUCUGUGGCUGCAGAUUCCUUUGGAUACAUGAUGGGAUGUGUAAACAUGAAGUUCAGACUGUUGUUCUCAGUCGUGAAGCUGCCUAAGACCUCCCCUCUCUGGCAUCAAAAGAAUGAAAAUGAGCUCUGUGCUGGGCUCACUGAGGAGCUCUGUUAGGAAGGACUGCUCUGUCUCAAAAAACAGUAACUCGGCUCCAGUGUUCAGCACACAGACCCUCUCGGGCUUCCUGCUGAAUAAUCUAGUGAAAAAUGAGACACUUUAUUGACUUGUUUAAAGCAAAGGGACAGUGUAGUUGAAUCUGCUGUCUAUACAACAGGAGACAGCUUGUCUAAGGGCUCAUUGGGUUCAUUCCACUCUCAGAGGAAAUUCUGCUCAAGUCACUGUAGAGCAAUUCAUGGGAGAAACUGAAUUCAUGGGAGAAACUGGGCACAGAAGUCCUGGGCCUAUGGACCAUGGCAGCAGGUUCCCCUGCCCUUUCUUUGCAACACAAACCACAUAAGCCAGUAGUGAAGUAUUUGGCAUUAAAAGAAUUGUUACCAUGAAGCUGUUUCAUUACUUAACUCCAGAGUUAUGUCUCCUUAGCUUUAUUUGUGUCAUCUAAAUCCACACUUAUUUAUGUCCAGGUAUCCUACAGCUCCUGACACAUCUUCCUUCUUCCCAUCCUGCUCACAAUAAUGGGACUGAUUCACUUGUUGGUUUGUAACUGCCGUGUGAGAUAACAUAAAAGCACAAGUAGGACACAUCUGCCUGUUCCUCUCUCCAGGGUCUCUUAGGAGAAAGGGUGCUCUUUCUGCCAGGCCUGUCUGAUGCUGUGCAGGCAAGGCAGUGCUCCACUGUGAGUGGUAGGAGUUAGGUAAGAGAAAAGGUCAUCACACAGUAAGAUUUAAAUAAAGUGGGGUUUUUCUCCAAUUCCUGUGACUGCAUGAAACAUUCAGACCACGUGUUUUACCUUGAUUUUUAAGAGGAGCUGAAUGUCCAAAAGUGGUGUGUGGGGAUGUGCAGUUCUAAAGCAGAUCUCUGAAUUUAGAUGUUGUUUUAUCUUGUAUUUGGUGCCUUAACUCUGUACAAUUUAAGGUCAUAUAUACUAUACCACAGGUAGUUUAGUAGUAAUACUUGAAAAGAACCCAUCAAGCCUAGUCUAUAGAAACUCUUGCACAGACUGAAGCCUUCUCAGGGGGAGAGUACUCUUCCAUGUUUAAUUAAUAAUCUACCGAUAAAUUAGAGUUGUAAGAAUGUAAGAGCAUAUAAAAAUUUUAACCACAGAGACUGAAUUUAUCUGAUUUCUAACUUCAAAGGUUUGGGGCAAUAAGAUAAUUAAAGCUACAGUCUCUUCUAUGCUGUGUAAGUAAACAGCAUCAAAAUGUUUUCUCACCAGCCUGAAGUGCAUGUUUGUGAAAACCUCUGGACUGUUAUCUCUACUAGAACAAAUAACACUUAAUUUUAAAAGGCAUUAAUUGAAUGUAACUGGCUAUCCUUCACUCAUUAAUACAGGGGAGCUGGAAUGAGUAAGAGUCACAACUUAUUUUUAACUGAUUAAACUUCAGGCUCAUUCCUGCCUCUUACCUGGAUC